AUGACACCGCAGGGAAACACCGCAGAGAAACAGAUUGGACUGACGCAAGGGCCUGCGUUAAACCUCUCGUCAACGAUUGGUCGUCCGCACACGUCGCUGAGCUGGUCGUCUGUCCGGCACGCUCGUAAAGCAGCUCCAGACCUUGCCACGCCUUUGAUCGCAUCACACCUCCCCGGAUCCGGCCUCAUUCAUCACGCUGCUGCUUCAUGGGUGACUCUGUGA